AUGCUUGAAUCGUGUUGGCAUCCAAGGAGCCGCUUUUGCGUGGACUUCCGGCCACUGAACGCUGUGACGGUCAGCGCCCCUCCCCCUCAAAUUAGCGUCGAGGCCGCCGUAGCCAGCCUAGGUAGGGCACGCGUGUUCAGCACCCUGGACCUGAAGUCCGGCUACUGGCAGGUGCCCAUACAACGCGGGGACCGGAAGAAGGCAGCUUUCAUGGUACCGGACGGGCGGAGGUUUCAAUUCCGGGCAAUGCCCUUUGGAUUGAAGUGUGCCCCCGCCACCUUCCAGUCAAUGAUGACCAGAGUCCUGGAGGGAUACAUUGGGAGAUUCACCCUGGCAUACUUAGACGAUGUCAUCGUCUAUUCGGAGAGUUGGGAGGACCACUGCCGGCACCUGGCGCUGGUCAUGGAAAGGUUGGCCACCAAUCACCUAACUGCCAACUCUGCCAAGUGUCACCUCGGGACGACCGAGGUCGAAUUCUUGGGCCACGUGGUGAAUGCCGAGGGCAACCGGCUCCAGAUCGGCCACCUACGACAGAUUGCCAUUGCGGAAGUUCCUCGCACCCGGAAGCAACUUCAACGCUUCGUCGGGCUCAUCAAUUGGCUGCGGAGUUAUAUCCCUAACUUCUCACAGACCAUCGUGCCCCUAACCGAAAUGCUGUCACCGCAAAUCUGCUACCGCUGGGGCGAACCGGCCCAAGCAGCCUUCAACGCUAUUCAGGAAGCCUUCACAAAGUGCCACACACUGGCCCACAUCGACCCGGACCGACCGCUCGUCUUGCAGACGGACGCGAGCGCUCUGGGUACCAGGGCAGUGUUAUACCAGGUGGACGGCGCGGGCGACCAGCAGGUGGUCGAUUACGCUAGCGCGAAGUUCGGGCAGAACCAGCUCCCCGACCUACUCUCCCGUGAUCCAGACGGCGGCCAGGAGGUGUUGGACGAUGAUGAAUGGGAUGACAUCCUGCCUCCCGCCCGCACCAGCUCGACUGGUGCCGCCGGACAUGCGUGCGCUCACUUCACGGUCAACGGAGAAGGGGCCGAAGCACCCCUGAAUACCGAGGCUGACAUGGAGCGCCGUGUGCUCACUGCGAAGCACCAGUCCCCAGACGUGGACAGACCACGAGAGCGUGCCAGCGAUGACGGUCACCCAACCUGGCGGAUCCAGGACGGCAGAAGGCCUGUGAGACGGUGCUCGUGUUCUACUACGAUCAUGACCUUGCAGGACACCCGGGUACCGAUCAAACCAGCCGAGCAGUGGCCCGGGAUGAGCCGGGAUGUACGCGACUACGUCAGGGAGUGCGAGACCUGCCAGCGACGCAAGGCCCACAGGGGGGACGGCGUGCAACAACAGCAGCCCCGGCUGCAGACGACCCCGUUCCAGACAAUCGCCUUAGAUGUGAUGGGGCCCUACUUACGUUCACCGCGGGGUAAACGGUUCCUCGUGGUAGCCACGGACAUGUUCACCCGCUGGACCAAGGCCUACCCCUGCGGCAACGUGAGGGCCACCACUAACAUUGAAGUCAUGACCCGCGAAUUCAUGGCCAGGUUCGGCUACCAGGAGUCCAUUUUGACUGACAACGACAGCCAGUUUCUGGGGGCCCGAUGGAAGGACUGGUGCCAGGAGGCCCACAUGGAACACCACACCACACCUGCUUACCACCCACGGUCAAACCCCACCAAGCGCCACAACCAGGAGUUGAAGGUCGAACUGCGCCUGCGGCUGGGCGAUGACCAUACUCAGUGUGAUCUCCACGUCGCCGAUGCCCUAUUCUGUGUCCGCCGAAGAGUAAAUGCGGCCACCGGGAGGACCCUGGCCGAGAUGGUCCAGGGCCGCAACCUUCCGCUGCCAGGGAAGCUGGCCGUCCAUGGAGUGCCGCACCAGGCAGAAUGCAGAGGAGAUAGCGACCAGCGACGCUCGGACGACACGAGGCGGCACGCAUGCGAAAGGCUCACUACACCCAAGUCAUCACCCCCCGGACGACGAGGCCCCCAGACCCCUUCCGGGCCGGUGACCAAGUGUAUGCACGAGUUCACCCCCUGUCGGCGGCCCCGCGUAACUACUGCGCCGGACUCGCGCCGGACUCGCGCCACGGCGGGGGGGGGGGGGGGGGGGCCUUACCCAGUGCAACGGCACCUGGGGGCGACGACCUACAUGGUGAAUGUAGGAGGCUGCCGCACCCAGAAGAUCCACCGAGAUGACCUGCGGCUAGCAGCAGCGCCCGGGGACCCCCUGCCCGACGAACUCGAACACGACGACAUCGCGGGCAGCCCAGCCACUGAGCCCGACGUACUCAGUCCCGAGGUAACCCCCAGAGCCGCGGCGUCCAAUGAACCUAACCACACAGAUGCCGCUAGCCACCCGGCCGCUGAGCACGAUGCGCUCAGCCCCAACAUGCCACCGCCAUGUAGCGAGGGCUCCGGACGCGAGCACUCCUCGCCCCAAGCGGGCUCAACGGCCGAUGACGCUACACCACAAAGACAGAGGAGAAAUCGGCAAGGGCCACCCAGACUCUGA